ACGAAGGGGGAUUAAACAGAGAUCUACUCGUAGAAAGGAAAAGGAGCAAGCUGUUUUAUUUAGUUUCAAGCGAAUCACAGUAACAGUCAUCAUGCCUCGCCUUGGAAAUUUUGCUCGCUCGGCUGCCCGUUAUGCUGCUGCACAACGUAGACGGGCUCCUCCUCAAAACGUUUUAACCUCAUCCCUGUGGAAAGUGACGACUGAGAGGGAAUCUGGCAUUUUCAAGGAAGUGAAAAUAGGUGAUGGAAAUAAGUGGACUUUGGUAAUUCCAAUGUCCCAUCCGGUACUGGCUCGUCCAAUCCUGCCUCCAAGAGCUCGUCCGACAAAUGCCGAGGACUCUCUUCUUCAUGGCGUCCAACCGCUUGAGCAGGACGAGGAGCUUGCAGAUCCACAGAUCGCCGCCGUGGGCGUCGCUGCAGCUUCCGGUGAUGACGAAACCGUCGUAGGCGGAGAUCUCGCCGUCCGCCGGAAACUCGCCGCGCGCCACCGGAAAGACGUCCCACACCUCGCCCUCCUCCCUCAGCAUUCGCACGAAAACCCCGAAGUAGCCGCCGUAGACCUUCUUCACGUAGUCGGAGUCCUCGGCGCACAGAAGCACGGCGAACUUCCGGCCGCCCAUUCUCUCUCUGUG